UUGAAAAGACUUAAACACAAAAUUAUACAACAGUAACCAUAUAUAAAGCUAAAAUAUAUGAUAUAGGCCUAAUACAUAUAUAUUUAAAUGUUAGAUUGGUUACAGCAGGGAACAACCUAGAAACCAACAAGGCCGGCCAACCUUAGCUAUAACAAACACAACACAGGUGUGUCCCAUAACAACCGUGAGCGACCUUAGUUUAGUUGGAGACAGAGAGGCGAGGGAAAAGCUGAACAACCUCAGCAUGGCAGACCCUAUGGUUGACCAGAUAACCAGGCUUAAACUGAAACUGCUAGAGAAGAGACUGGAGAAUGAAAGAGACAACAGAGAAGGCAGAGCUGAAUCUGCCCUGUCAACAAGGAGCUUUGACGGACAGGCUGAUGCAAUGCACAGUGCACUGAGGCGGAAGAAGGACCUUCUGCAAAGACUGAGGGAGCAACACAUGCUGGAGGAUCUAAGCAGGCCUCACACCUGGGGAGGGACACGCAGACAUUACAGAUCAGAUCCUUUCCUGGCAGCCCCCCCACCCCAACCUCCGGCCCCCAUCCACAUCUACCAGCCGGCCCCUGCUCCCCCUACUGUCCAGGCCCUCCCACCCCCUCCACCCCAACCCCCCCGCAUCAUCCAACAAACUAUUCCCCAGCAGCCCACCACCAUCAUACAGCAGUUACCACAGCAACAGCCACUUAUAGCCCAGAUCCCGCCCCCUCAGGCCUACCCUGCGCCUCGGUCUGGCAGCAUCAAAGAGGACAUGGUGGAAAUGAUGCUGAUGCAGAAUGCUCAGAUGCACCAGAUCAUCAUGCAGAACAUGAUGUUGAAAGCCAUUCCUCCCUUGGCCAUGUCCUCGCCUGGGGGUGCAGGUCAUCAGGUCCCUCAUACUCCCCACCAAGGACAGGACAGUUACCUCAGUAACCCCAUCCUUGUGAGGUCAGAGGUCAAGUCGAAGGGCAGUGCCAUCCACCACCACCACCACUACGGCUCCGCCCCUACUGCACAACAGCAGCCUCCGAUUGGCUACCCAAUGUGGCCCUCCAUGAUGCCACCAGUCCCAACAGCGUAUGGAGGGGCACACCUGCCGUCCAUACAGCACGUGACCGGCCCUGUCACACUACCACCACUGAAUAUGCAAGUCUAA